CUGGCUUCCUCGUGGGUUGGGGUAGGGGUGAGCUCCUGACUUUGGCAUCCAGGUAGGCGAAAUGACAGCGGAGGUGUUGCCCAGCGCGAGGUGGCUGUACUGUGGAGAGCCGGACAAGAACCAGAGAGCUGUGCUGGUCCAGUUCUCCAAUGGGAAGCUGCAGAACCCAGGCAACAUGCGCUUCACCUUGUAUCAGAGCAACGACUCCAACAACCCCAGGAAGAGAGGUCAGCGGAUCCUGGCCGCUGAGACAGAGAGACUUUCCUAUGUGGGAAACAACUUUGGGACUGGCGCCCUCAAAUGCAACACACUGUGCAGGCACUUCGUGGGCAUUUUGAACAAGACCUCUGGCCAGAUGGAAGUGUAUGAUGCUGAGCUGUUCAACAUGCAGCCCCUGUUUGCAGAUGAUUCCAUUGAGAGUGGACACACAGCAGAGAAUCAGAACAAAACUUUCAGAGAAAAGAUGGACUCUUGCAUCGAAGCCUUUGGCACCACCAAACAGAAGCGGGCGCUGAACUCCAGGAGGGCAAACCGAGUCGGCAGCGACUCUCUGAACCACGCAGUAGCUAAAGCUGCAGAGAGUAUCAUUGACAAGAAGGGUGUGGAUGCCCUCGUCGGUGACGCCAUCCAGGAUGAGUCGCAGGACGACUCCGUCUACCUCCCUCCGUGCCAUGCAGAUGCAGCCAAGCCUGAGGACGUGUAUAAAUUUGAAGAUCUUCUCUCUCCUGCGGAGUACGAAGCUCUUCAGGGCCCUUCUGAAGCCUUCAGGAGCGUCACAGCAGAAGAUAUCCUAAAAAUGGCCGAGGAGAACAGGCACUGCUGCUUUGUCCUGGAAGCCUUAAAGUCUCUGCCAUCGGAUGAGGAGAGACGAGACCACCAGGCUCGAUGCAUAUGGUUCCUGGAUGCCCUCAUCAGAUUCCGAGCUCAUAAAGUGAUUAAGCGGAAAAGUGUUCUGGGACCUGGAGUCCCCCACAUCAUCAGCACCAAACUGCUGAAGCAGUUCUCCUGCCUGACCUACAACGACGGCAGUUUACGGAAUGUAAUUUCGAACUCUAUGAAGGCCAAGAUCACUGCAUACGUGAUCAUUCUUGCGUUGCACAUAAAUGACUUCCAGAUUGAUCUGACCAUGCUGCAGAGGGACCUGAAACUCAGUGAGAAGAGGAUCAUGGAGAUAGCCAAAGCCAUGAGACUGAAGAUCUCCAAGAGAAAGGUGUGUCUGGCACCCGGCCAGGAGGAGGAGCGCAGAGUAGGCACUCUGUGCAUCCCGCUGCCUGCAGCCCAGACCGCAAACCACCAGGCCAAGCGCAGGAGAAUGACCUAGAGGCCAGCACACUGGAAUCGCUGCUGUGGUGUGGAUUCUGCUUUUGCUUUUUAAAAAGAAAGGAUAGAAGUCUUGCCUUGGCAGGAGUAAGAUGCCACCCUCCCAGUUGUGCCUGUCUUUUGUAGAAACUUAUUAAAGCCGUGAUGGCUGGGGUGUCCCCCUC